AUGGGAUUUAAACCUGAUGAUUUUGCUUUUAUCUCUUUUAUUAAAACAUUUGACUAUAAUCAUCAAAAUCCUCUUAAUAGCACCGAAAUAGAAAAUUUAAGGAGCAUGUAUCAAGAUAAUUUAGUUCAAGAGUUGACAGAUGUAGUUGAAGACAUGGCGGAACAAGAAGCCAUUAGGCAGUCAUUUGUUAGCGACCCUUCUCUGAAGGAAGUAGAUAUAGAUGAAAAAAAGAUUGAUAGCGGAUGGUUAACUGACGACAACAUUACUUAUAUCCUUAAUAAUCACGAAAGAAUUCAGGAAGCAAUUAAACAGCGAACCAGUAUUCAAGUUCAAGAGAGCAAUAAAACGCAGGUGGAACGGAUAGAAGGAUUUCUCAAAAAGUUUAAUCCCCAGGCCAAGGUGGAAGUGAUUUCUACUCCGAGUCGGCAGAGAAUAGUAGAAAGUUUAAAAAGUGAAUUAGAAGCCAAAAAACGAGAAUUAGCUGAGAGAAUGGAAAAUGAAAAAAACAUGAAAGAAAUCAUGGAUUUUCGCAACGAAAUAAUUACUGAAUUGCAGACUACUAUUGAAAAUCUUCAAGGGCAAUUAUUAGAUAGAGAAAAUGACAAAGAGAAAAGGGGACUUCAACAAGAAUUAUUUACUCUUCGGGAACGAACUAAUCAUGAUGAAAAAGAAAUUGAGAGGCUAACUAGAACAAUUGGAAAAUUAGAGUUGGAAAAUAAAAGUUUAAAAGAGAAAGUAGGAAGUCAUCGGACCGAAAUAAGACAAAAAAAAGAAACCGAGUUAGUCGACAAAAUUAAAGAUAUUAAAAUUAAGUUGAAAGUAGAUGAAAUUGAGUUAGUAGAAGAAUUAUUAGAGGCCCAUCGCGAGGCAACCGAAAAUAGCAAUUCUUACGCUCAAAAACAGUUAGCCAAGUUUAAGCAAAAAUUGUUACAAAGUGGCAAAGUUAGUGAAAAGGAAAUAGAGGAAAUUUGCCAAAAGCAAGCCGGGUUAAUAAAGUUAAAAAAAGAAGUUGAAUUAUCAUCCCAAAUUGAAGUUAAUCCUUGA